UCAUGCUGCUGCCAGGUCCAGAGUCUCUCAUGGGUCCCUGUACGGCCUCCCAUUGCUGCUGUCUCCAUCGCCACACUCUGCCAUGUGCCCACUUUCAGGUCUCCUCACACUGCUGGUGUGUUACAUUUUUUGUCAUAGGGUGCUGGCAGAUUACGGGCCUCCCAUAGCUGCUGCCAGGCCCCUAAUCUGCCAUGGGCCCCUGUACCGCCUCCUCAUGCUGCUGCCAGGUCCAGAGUCUCUCAUGGGUCCCUGUACGGCCUCCCAUUGCUGCUGUCUCCAUCGCCACACUCUGCCAUGUGCC